AUGAGCCCCAAGGUGUCGGAUGCCCAGACAGCCCAGUCUGCCUCAGCCCAGUCUGCCUCAGCCCAGCCCGCCUCAGCCCAGCCUGCCUCAGUCCUGCCUGCCUCAGCCCAGUCUGCCUCAGCCCAGUCUGCCUCAGGCCAGUUCACCUCAGCACUGCCUGCCUCAGCCCUGCCUGCCUCAGCCCAGCCUGCCUCAGUCCUGCCUGCCUCAGCCCAGUCUGCCUCACCCACCUCAGCCCAGCCCGCCUCAGCCCAGCCCGCCUCAGCCCUGCCUGCCUCAGCGCUGCCUGCCUCAGCACUGGUUACCAGGUGGGGCAGAGGGACCGAGGGGCUGCAUAAAUGGCUCUUGUUGCUAGGGUUGUUUGAACCACCUUUGCCAUCCUUUGUCUGUGAACCAGCAGGGCACGGUCAGACCUGCGUACAGCAUCAGUGACACUGGCUCUGCUGCUGCUCCCAGCAUGUUGCUGGUUGCUGGCACGGGUAGCGGGCACGGAUGGGGGUGGUGCAGCAUCCCCAACUCCUCCUCUCCUCACUUCCCAGCGAGUGGCUCGUUCUCUCUGGCCACAGCUCUCCCCUCCUCUCCCGGCGUGUCGCACCUUAACCCCAUGCUGGAGUCAAUGAUAGAUUGCACCGAGCGCAGUUAUUUUUGUGUUUCCAUGCGAAGGCGCCGGCAGAUGCUGUGUGUUUGCACUGCAUUAGUGCUAAUGGCAGCACCGUUAAACCUCACUGCAGAUGGGUUGCUAUGGAAGUCCAGAGGAAAAUGAAGCAGGAGCAGGAGCCCGAGCAGCUGGGAGGCUGCUGCCAACAAUUGCUUAUGAUCCAUCUCUAUGGGGAAAGUUUCUUUUUUCUCCGUUUUUUUUCACCUUUCCCAGCCGUGCACCAGCUGUGCUGGCCUUUCCAAAGGCGCUGAGUUCAGCAUCCUGCUUCAGGGUCUUUGCAAAGUGCUUCGUCCUUCCCAAACUGCUCCCCGUACUGUCCUGCUGUGUCCUUACUCCAUGUCCUUGCCCACCCUCAGGCCGCCACAUGUCCCAGCCAGGCCAAGCUGGGGCCAUGUCCCCUUGUGUCCCCAGAGCUCUCCUGCAGGCCGGAGCACUUUCCUUGGCCGAAAGCAAUCAUAGAAUCAUAGAAUCAUUUUCGUUGGAAGAGUCCCUCAAGAUCAUUGAGUCCAACCAUUA